AUGGAAGAAAGGCUGAGAGGUUAUAUGAGUUUGUUUGCCUCUUACUGCUCAGAGGUAAAUGCUGUCAAAUGUAAGGAGGAGGAUUUGCAGUUUUUGAGAGCGAACGUUAAAAAAAUCAGCUCACUGUUAUCUUCGAACAAGUGUCGGAAAGUGCUCUUUGAACAUGAAUCUUACGUUAGCGACUUUUUCUUCGCACUUCAAUUUCUCAACGACAGGGUCCUUAGGACACAGAUUGUACUGGUUCUUUCCAAAUUGGUGAAAAAAUCAACGCCCCAAUGCCGGAUCACAAUGUUAAUACAAAAAGGGAUUACUAGAGCUCUGUUUCAAGCUCUUUACAUGGAAUACUCUGAAGAAACUCCAAAUGUUGAACUUUUAUUAAAAAUACAUCAGUUACUCUGUCGUCUUGGUCCGAUGGAUAAACGUUUUGGCAUUCGAGCAAGAGUGAGCCAUUGUAUUCCAAUUACAAUCCAUCUUCUAAGAAUUCAAGUUGCUCUAUUAAAUUCAUCCAUACGUACAACUCCUAAUUUUUAUAAACAAUUAAAGAAUCUAUCCAAUUUCAAUUUCUGUUAUUCAACAAUGAAUUCAAAUUCUUUUCAAAAUAAUAUUAAACAUCUUCAUACUAUCAAUGAAAUGUUACAUAAUCAUCGUCAUCCUACCCAUCAUUAUCAUUAUGUAACUAUGCCAACAGUUUCAUCCAUUAUGCAACAUAAUUUAAAUAUUAUUUUACAUAUGAUUUAUUUAUAUAUAUCAGAUAAUGGUAAAACAAAUUCAUAUUUAUUAGGACGUAAUGGUGUUGUAAAACUUUUAAUACAAUUAAUUAAUUUAUUAUCUGGACUUUAUAUAUAUCGUACAUCAUCUAUUAUGAAUUCAUUAUUAUCCUCAUCGUCCGCAGCAACAACACCACCACCGCCGCCAGCAACAACCACAACGGUAACAAGAAGAAAGACAACCGUGUCACCAACUGAUAUUCCUGAACAGAAUUUUAUAAAAAUAACUAAAAACUCAAUGAAUGAUUACAAUAUAAAUGAAAAUGAAUUGAUUAUGAAUAAUAGUCCAGUGAGAUAUAUUAUAGUUGUCAUGGCAUCAUUGAUGAAAGGAUUAGUGAAAUCUCUUGAUCAUAAUGAAAAUCAAUCAUUUCUUAAAUUAUUACCAGAAUAUGGUUUACAUAAUAAUCCUGAUUUAAUGAAUUCAAUUAUAUCAUUAAUUACAUCUAAGCCUACAUUGAUUGCUAUUGGUGUAAAGCGUAAUAUUCAUUUACUUCGUCUUCUAGUGAAUACAUUAUAUUAUCUUACUAAAUAUAAAAAUAACGCUGUACGUGCUAACAAUAAUAAUGCCGUCCCAUUACUUUUGGAUUUAUUCCUUGAUAUACAUCGAUGUGAUUUACAAUGGCGUUGGAUUGAUCUACAAAAAAGCUUGUUGAGUUGUUUAAAACUAUUGACAGAAAUAAAUUCUGGACGUAAAGCUUUAAUGAAAUCUGAUGGAUUUCAUACAUUAUAUGCUAUUUGUAUUGGUUAUAUAGGACCUGAUCCACUUAAUCGAACUAAACAUGUUAUCUUAUCAAAAAUUAUUUCACAGUAUAAAACUAUAAAAUCUACUCAUCAUAAUGAACAAAUAAAUCCAAAUAUUAAUCAAUAUAAUCAAUUACAUUGUAAAACACGCUUAGCAACAACAACAACAACAACAACAAUCAUGGAUACUGUUGAUAGAACCUAUUCAUCAUUAAUAAAUAAAAGGUUACAUAUAGAAAAUGUAUAUUCUAAUAAAAAGAAUAUUGAUUUGUCAACGUGUUCAUCUUCAAUUUCAUCGACUAUCAAAUCGCCAUCAUCAUCAGCAGCAGCAACAGCAGCAGAUGCAUCGUCAUCAUCAUCAACUUUAUCUUCUUAUAAAACUAUCUGUAGAAAUGUGAAUCAACUUGAAAUUGAUAAGUCGUACAUCUUUGAUAAUGAUCCAAAUAGAAUUCAUAAACAAUAUCGAAUAUAUUCUGAUCCAAUUAAAAUUCUAAUACAAAUAUGUAUAUUAUUACGUCGUUGUAGUCCAAGAUGUAGUUUACCAAUAAUUAGUGCUGAAAAUAUUCUCAAUUGUUUAUUGCCGUCUAAUGACGCAUCAUCGGCUUCGUUGUUACGUCGCAAUUCAGAGCCACUGAUUCAAAAAGAUAAGUCCACUUCACCUGGAAAAGAAAAAUCCAAUGUUGCCAAAUCUAAACUUAAUCAACAAAUAUCUUGUUCAAAUACUAUUAAUCCAAUUCCAAAUUUGAAAAAGAAGUCAUGCGGAACUUCACUCCUACACAAAUCUUCCUCUAUUCAUGAUGAUGAUGAUGAUGUAACUGACAAUCGAAAAUCAUCAUCACAACAAAUGAAUCCAAUUAAUUUUAUAACGAAUAAUCCAUUUAUUGGUGUAACAUCAUCUGAUUAUUCUAAAUUAUUAUUAUCAUUAUGCAAUACUACUACUACUACUACUAUUACUACUAAUAGUAGUAGUGGUAAUAAUAAUAAUCCCAAAGUUAUUCGAAAGAAAUCCAUUGAUGAUCGGAAACAAUUAAUCAAUGUUAAUAAUAAAGGAAUUACAACUAAAUUAAAUCAAUCUUAUUACUAUGAAGUUAAUUCUCUCAUUAAUAAAAGGGUACCUAAAAUCACCAAUAUGAAUUCCAAAAAUCUUCAUAGUAAAUCAAUAAACGAUCUGUAUACAAAUAACCAGGUAUACAAUAAUUCAUCAAUAGACACAUUCAUCAGUCAGUCUUGUACAGAAUUAGCAAAUACACAACAAUUGAAUAAAUUAUGUCGUAUACAGAAAGUGAAGAUUCUACGAAGAGGAGAAGAUGAUAAUUCAAAUCAACCUGUGAAGCAACAGGAUUUCAACGGUGCAAAAAGUGAUGAAUUACCCGUUACCGGUGGCAAAUUUACUUCAUAUCAACAGAUCAGUUCAUCUAAUACAUCAUUAACAUCACCAGAAAUAUUCGAUAUAAUUGAACAGAAUACUCAGAAUAUUGAUGGUGAUGGUGUUGAUGACAAUGACGAAGAAGAAUUAGAAGACGAAGAUGACAACGAUGAUGAUGAAGAUGAUUGUGCUAAUGUAAUUGGACACGAGGAUGUCACAACAACUAGUCAACGAUGCACAUUUAGUGAAUUAAUUUCAAGUCAUUUAAAAUUUUUUCCCGAAUGGUUUGAUCUACCCAAUAUUGAUGAAAGAACAGUUGAAAAACCAUUGGAUAUGAUGAAUUCUGUCAAUUGGCCUUAUGAAUAUAACUAUUCUAAUGGUAAUAUAAACAUACAUCCUCCUAUCAAAGACAAUACUACUUUGGAAUAUUAUUAUUUUGCUCAAAGAGUAAAAAGUUUAUUACCAUUUAAAAUCAUAGCUUAUCCUGAUUUAAUUGAUGCACAUGGAUCAACUGAUUGUGAACCAUUUUAUUCAACAGAUCAAUUAAUUGAAAGAUAUUUUAAUCAACAAUCAAAUCUAUCCAAUGAUAAUAUGACUACUCCAUCUUAUUGUAAAAGUAAAUUAUCCCAAGUUACAUCAGCUGUUAAUGAUAAUGCGGAUGAUGAUGUGGAUGAUAAUGAUGAUGAUUAUGAUGAUGAUGAUGAUGAUGAUGAGGAGGAGGAGGAGAAGUGUGCUCAUCUAUCAAACGUUCAUGAAGAUGAAUUAAUUAAAUCUCAAUACCAAUCAUUAUCAUUAAAACAAAUUCAUCAGUCUCAGGAGGAGGAAGAGCAGGAACAACGGCGUCGACGACGACGACAACAACAAGAACAAGGUCAACAUUCGUCAACAUUGAAAAUGAAAUCAAAUCAACUUUUAUUAAAUAGUAAUUUAGAAUAUAAUGUUAGUGAUACAAUUUCAGAAGUCUCAACUAAAUCAUCCAAAAUGAACGUUCUAUCAUCAACAGUUAUAUCAACUUCUUGUGUACAAAUAAUGAAUAAUGAUCAUACUGUAGAUAAUAGUUCAUUAGAUAGUACAAAGUUGACAAGUAAUAAUCAUCAACAGGAUUAUCAUUGUCCUUCUUCAACUAUAUCAUCUUCAUUGGAUAACUUUAACUUAACGAAUCAUGAUGAAUUAUUGAUUGGUCAAUUUGACGCUGAAAAAGGUCACUUAGAGUUUGAAUCUCGUUUCGAAUGUGGUAAUUUGAGAAAAGCAAUACAAGUUCGUCAAUAUGAAUAUGAUUUAAUAUUAAAUCCUGAUAUUAAUACAACUACUUAUUUACAAUGGUUUUACUUUCGUGUAUCUAAUAUGCAAUCGAAUAUUUCAUAUCGUUUCAAUAUUAUUAAUUGUGAAAAAGUAGAUAGUCAAUUUAAUGCUGGUAUGCAGCCUCUUCUUUUCUCAGUUCAUGAAUCACUUCAAUCUCAUCCAUGCUGGCGACGUGUUGGUUCAAAUAUUAUUUAUUAUAGAAACUAUUUUACUCGACCGUCAACUCGUAAAUGUAAUGUGGAUGGUGGAACGUAUUAUACAGCUACAUUUACGAUAUGCUUUCCAUAUACUGGCGAUGUCUGCUAUCUUGCUUAUCAUUAUCCAUAUACCUAUACACGUUUAUUAACUGAUUUAAACAAAUGGCAAAAUAAAAUAUUAAAUCAACCAAACAAUAUUUACUUUCGUAUUCAACAGUUAACUUCAACUAUCCUUUCCAAUCCAGUCCCAUUAAUUACAGUAACACAAACUUCGGACUCUUCAAAUGAAUCUACAAAUAUCAAUAAUCAACGUUCUUACAUCAUUCUUACAUGUCGUGUACAUCCAGGUGAAUCAAAUUCUAGUUGGAUAAUAAAAGGUUUAAUAGAACAAUUAUUAUCUAAUGAUAAUAUGAAAAUCAAUGAAUUACGUAAAAUGUUCAUUUUUAAAAUAAUCCCUAUGUUAAAUCCUGAUGGUGUUAUUGUUGGAAAUCAUCGAUGUUCAAUAUCUGGUAAAGAUUUAAAUCGUCAUUGGAUUAAUCCAUCAUCUUUAAUUCAUCCAACUAUUUAUCAUACUAAAAUGUUAAUGGAACUUCUUACAUUUUGUGAACGUUCACCUUAUAUUUUCAUUGAUUUCCAUGGUCAUUCACGUAUGAAAAAUAUUUUCUUAUAUGGAUGUAGUUCCAUUGAAUCAUGGUUAUGUCCAGAUAUAAAAAAUCCAACUUAUCGUGGUAUCAAUCAAUUAGAAGAUAAUUCAUAUCGUAAAUUAGCUGAUAUAUUAAAUCAAUUAUCACCAUAUUUUUCAAAACAAUCAUGUUUAUAUAUAGUUAGUAAAGCUAAAGAGACUACAGCACGUAUAGCUGUUUGGCGUCAAUUCAAUGUAGUACGCUCUUAUACAAUUGAAGCUUCUUAUUGUGGUAUUCGCCGUAAAUGGUAUGAUAAUCAGUUAAUUCCAAGAAAGAUACAAGAAAAACACCAACAAGAAGAUAAUGAUAAUAGAACAAUAAAAGGAAAACAUUCAAAUGAAUCUGUAGUAGUUAUUGAACAUCAAAUAAGACCAAUUGAUUUAAUGAAUUUUGGUUCACAAUUAUUAAAUGCAUUUUUAUUGUUAUCAGAAGAAGAAACAACAAUAUUGAUGUCAAAUACAAAUAAAACAGUUUCAUCCAUAUCUUCAACACCAUCUUUAAUGACAUCUUCAAUGUCAUUAUUCAAUGUAUCUUCCCCUGAACAUCCAUCAUCAUCAUCAUCCCUUUGA